AUGGACGGCAGUAGAGUUAUUGUCGAUAAUGCCGAUGGGGCCAGAGAGAACUGCGGCUCCGCCGACGGGCGGCCUCCGAUACCCAAUUCUCUAGGCGGCCAAGGGGCCUACAGACGCUGCUUCAACUCCGGGGGCACGCCCCCGUUGCGUACUGCGUCCCUCGUUCGCCACGCUUCAUUGGUUAAGACAAAGCCAUCUGAUAUUCCUAUUAACCCGCGACUGGGUGAAGAUGAUCGUAUAACUGAAUAUAUGCCCCUCCUCCGCUCAGGCGCGUGGGCAGACAUUGGUUCUCGUUCAAGCAUGGAGGACGUCUAUGUUUGUGCAGACAAUUUGACCCAUGAUUAUGGUUUGCAUAUUUCUAACGGAAAUCCUAGUGCAUUCUAUGGGGUUUUUGAUGGGCAUGGAGGAAAGCAUGCAGCUGACUUUGCAUGCAACCAUUUACCGAGGUUCAUUGUUGAGGAUGAAAAUUUUCCAGCAGAUAUUGAGCAAGUAAUGUCAUCUGCAUUCUUACAGACAGAUACGGCUUUUGCAGAAGCUUGCUCUGUGAAUGAAGAUCUCGCUUCUGGUACCACUGCUUUGGCAGCUAUUGUACUUGGAAGCUCUUUGGUGGUGGCCAAUGCUGGCGACUGCCGAGCGGUCCUCUGCCGACGUGGCAAAGCAAUCGAGAUGUCAAGAGACCACAAACCCGUCUGCCUGAAAGAAAAGAAGCGUAUAGAAGCUUCCGGAGGUUACGUGUACGACGGCUACCUAAACGGGCAGCUUAACGUGGCCCGAGCCCUAGGGGACUGGCACAUGGAGGGCCUCAAGUGCCAGCAUGGCGGGCCUCUCACGGCGGAGCCCGAGCUCAUGCGGGCAAAGCUGACUGAGGAAGAUGAGUUCUUGAUAAUGGGGUGUGAUGGGUUGUGGGAUGUGUUCAUGAGCCAGAACGCGGUGGAUUUUGCGCGCAGGCGGCUUCAGGAGCACAAUGACCCAGUAAUGUGCUGUAGGGAUCUUGUGGACGAGGCCCUCAAGAGGAAGAGUGGGGACAACUUGAGUGUGGUGGUCGUUUGUUUCCAGGCCGGCCCGCCGCCAAAGUUGGUGGUCCCACGGGGCAGGGUGCAGAGGAGCAUUUCUGCUGAGGGGCUCAAGGAGUUGCAGAGCUUUCUGGAUAGUUUGGAUUGUAGUAAUUGA